CUACAGAUUCUUGCGGCCACACUACUUCUACUCCAUUAUCAAUCUCAGAUCUGUUGAUACAUUUGUAUAUAUCCCAUUUCGGAGCAGUUCGUUUGGGGCUAUCAGUUAUCAAUUUUCUAGUUUGUGAUUCUGGGUACUGGAGUAGAACUAGUGCCAUUUAUUGGAGAAUUGGAAACCCUAGGUCAAUGGCGGGGUCGGUACAACCAGAAGCCAUACUGGAAUGGCUUCAGAAGGAGAUGGGGUACCAACCAUUAGGGUCAUACGCAGCUUCAAGCAAAGCAGCAAUGCCUACUAUUGAUUCACUUCGCAAGAUUUGCCGUGGUAAUAUGAUACCCAUUUGGAAUUUCCUCUUGAAUAGAGUGAAAUCCGAGAAAACUGUUGAAAAAGUCCACCGGAAUAUUCUUGUACAUGGACGAGAUGAUGGCAAUGGAAAUGUUAAUGCUGUUGAUUCUGGGAGGAGUAAAGGGAGGAGGAAGGAGAAGGUAGGGGUGGUUAGGGACAGUGGUUCAGGAUCCUCUUCGAGUGUGGGGUUGGGUUCAGCUGAGAAUAGUAGGGAAUUUGCUUUGCAGGAAAGAGACUUGGCAGAGAAAGAGGUGGAAAGGCUUAGGCAGAUAGUGAGACGUCAGCGGAAAGAGUUGAAGGCUAGGAUGUUGGAGGUCUCAAGGGAGGAGGCUGAGCGUAAGCGCAUGCUUGACGAGAGGUCUAACUACAGGCAUAAACAAGUAAUGCUGGAGGCUUAUGAUCAACAGUGUGAAGAAGCUGCAAAAAUAUUUUCCGAGUACCAUAAACGUCUAAGUUAUUAUAUUAACCAAGCAAGGAACGUUAAGCGGUCUAGUGUUGAUUCUUCUGCUGAGGUGGUUACUACUUUUCAGGCAAAUGAGAAAGAUGUUUAUCCGACUUUUAAAGGAACCAAAAGUGUGGAGGAUGUCAUUCUCAUUGAAACAACAUGGGAAAGAAAUAUCAGGAAGGCAUGUGAAUGUCUUGCUAUGCAAAUGGCUGAAAAGAUUCGCAACUCUUUUCCUGCUUUUGAAGGAAAUGGAAUCCAUAUGAAUUCUCUGUUACAAGCUGCCAAGUUGGGUAUUGACCUUGAUGGUGAUUUACCCGAUGAAGUAAGAGAUGCAAUUGUUAGUUGCCUGAAAAGUCCUCCCCAGUUGCUACAGGCAAUCAAUGCCUAUGCUCAAAAGCUGAAGACUACAAUUACUCGAGAAAUAGAGAAAGUUGACGUUAGAGCUGAUGCAGAGAUUCUAAGGUACAAGUACGAGAAUGACAGAGUAAUGGAUGCUUCUUCUCCUGAUGUAGCAUCACCUUUACACUAUCAACUUUAUGGCAAUGGCAAAAUUGGAGGUGAUACGUCUUCAAAAGGGAGUCAAAAUCAACUUCUUGAGAGACAGAAAGCACAUGUUCAGCAAUUCUUGGCUACUGAAGAUGCAUUGAAUAAAGCUGCAGAAGCGAGAAAGAUGAGCCAACAGCUUUUAAAGCGUCUGCAAGGAACUGAUGAUGCAAUCUCUUCACACUCACUAGUAAUUGGAGGAACAUCAAAGAGUAUGAGCAGCCUUAGGCAACUUGAGUUGGAGGUCUGGACAAAGGAAAGAGAAGCAGCUGGACUAAAAGCUAGUGUGAACACACUGAUGUCUGAAAUACAACGUUUAAAUAAAUUGUGCGCGGAGAGAAAAGAAGCUGAAGAUUCUUUGAGAAAGAAAUGGAAGAAGAUUGAAGAGUUUGAUGCUCGCAGAUCAGAGCUGGAAUCCAUUUAUAGUGCCUUACUAAAGGCAAGCAUGGAUGCUGCAGCAUUUUGGAGUCAUCAGCCAUUAGCUGCAAAGGAGUAUUCAUCGAGUACUAUAAUUCCUGCUUGUACUGUUCUUGUAGAUUUAUCACACAGUGCAAAAGAUCUUAUUGAGCAAGAAGUUUCAGCAUUUUAUCAAACUCCUGAUAAUACACUUUACAUGCUUCCAUCAACACCCCAGGCACUAUUGGAAUCUAUGGGUGUCAGUGGAUCUACUGGACCAGAAGCUGUUGCUGCUGCUGAAAAGAAUGCUGCUAUAUUGACGGCUAGGGCUGGCGCAAGAGAUCCGUCUGCAAUUCCAUCUAUAUGCCGUAUUUCUGCUGCUCUACAAUAUCCUGCAGAUUUGACGGGAACUAUGAGAAAAGGAAAGCAGUGCGAACUCACAUUUAGAGGUUUGGAUGUCUCUGAUGCUGGCUUAGCAGCAGUUUUAGAAUCUUUGGGAUUUUGUAUGAAAUUUCGUGGUUCUGAAGCUUCCAUAUUGGAAGACUUGGAAAAGGCAAUCAACUUGGUUCACACACGGCGAGAUCUUGUUGAAAGUGGUCGUGCAUUAUUAGAUCAUGCUAACAAGGCACAAAAUGAGUAUGAAAGGACGACAAACUACUGCUUAGAUCUGGCAGCUGAGCAAGAGAAGACAGCUACAGAGAAUUGGCUACAGGAACUGGAUGUAGCUAUUGGUAAUGCUAAACACUGCCUUGACGAGGAAUGCAAGUAUGCUCGGGGACUGGUAGAUGAAUGGUGGGAACAACCAGCAUCAACUGUAGUUGACUGGGUUACUGUUGAUGGACAAAAUGUUGCUGCAUGGUGGAAUGAUGUAAAACAGCUUAUGGCAUUUCAUGAUCAACAACUUCACUGAAUCAUCUCUUUGGCCGCUGUUACAUAAUGUCUGUAAAUUUUCCUUUUUCCGCUUGCUAGUUCCUUGCAACUUCAUGUGGCUUUUGGUUUUCUCGAGGCUGGUAUCAUCUAGAAACAGCAGUAGCAAAGCAGGUCACUGCAAAUCUAGGCAGCAUCUGUUGCAAUUUGAUCUUCACCCUAGACCUAGGACUGUAAGAAAAAUUCAGUUAAUAUGGGGAGACUGUCUUCCUCUUACAUAGUUUCAAGGCUGAAAAUGUAGGUCGAGUACAAUAUGUUGUUGCAGAUGUUCUUUCCGUCAUUUUUUGUUGAAAGAGAAAGGAGAGAAUAGCAUUCAUAUAAUAUAAUCUCAAGAAUAGAUGUAAAGUGGUCUGCACUUCACACUAUUUGAGCCUCUCUAUACUGCUUGUGUAACGCCUUUAAUGUUAUAGAUUAGAUCUCAUAUAUGAGCUAUUACAUAGUACAGCGA